AUGACAGUCCCUGACCAACUGCUCAAAAAGAUUAGAGAAGUCUUAAUCCCUACUGAUACGUUGGAUGCUUUAGUGGAGCAAGGAUUGCUAGAACUGCAGAGUAGGCUUGAAGAAAGCGAUGUCUCGAUGCUUGCGUGCAGAGUGGUAAAGCACCUGGAAUUGAAAAGAACAGAAGUGGGCAGAGUGAAUAUCGCAAUGGAUCUCGGUGGCAGCUUUGUAAAGCUAGGGUUCAUCGAUACCAGAGACCACCAUGUUAUGAUGGGAGAAAGUUUAGCAUUGGAACGGAACACAGUUGACAUCCAGUUCUUUCACUGCAUUGUCAAAUGGAUAUGUCAGAAAGUUGCAGACUUUAUUUCUGAGAGUGAUGUCGAUCCUACUACGACAUUUGUUCUGGGCACGACUUUCAGUUUUCCUCUAAACGCUAAGGGCGAGAUUACUACCAUGGGGAAGGGCUACGUGAUGGCAGAUCAAAUUAAAGGCGUGAGUGUAAUGCAACUUCUGCAGCAGCAGUUCAAUAAAGUUUUGCCAUUUGAAAACUGCAAGUUUAAUAUAUUAGUUGGUGGUGUAGUAAACGAUAGUAUUGCAGUACAUUUAGCCAACACAGCUACAAACCGAGGAAGUGACAUCUCUUUAGUUCUGGGCACUGGAAUCAACGCUUGCUUUUCUUUACCUGCUGUGAAGAUUCCUAAGAAGAAGUGCACGGGUAGUACUCUCGGCAAUGGUUCCGUGCUGAUUAACUCUGAGAUCGGGUUCAUGGGAAAGGGUUUCAUAAAGCUAACGAGAUUUGACCCAAGUUGUAAACCUUUCAUGCCACUGGAGUACGUAACAGCGGGAAGAUGGAUCCCAUUGACUUUAUUCAACAUUCUACAAUACUACAAUCUGCUCCCUGAAAAUGGCAGCGACCUGCAAUUCGACGGAAAAUUGAUAUGUCAGAUAGUGAACAGAUCUGCAACGCCUGUAUUUGGUGAAGAUCAAUCAACUGUUGAGUGCAUUGCAGGCUUGCUAAUAGAAAGAGCAGCAAUCUACGCGUCUGCUGCACUGUUAAGCAUUUUCAAGUUCAAAGGGACCAAUAUUGAGAAGGGGGUGCGCAUCGGAUAUGCUGGAUCAUUUUUGCACCACUGCGAUAUCUACAAGGAUUUGAUAAAGAAGUUCAGUAAUGGAAUUAUUGAGCUUGAAUUUCUUGAGCACAGUAACCUGAUCGGCGCUUAUGUAAAUGCCCUGGAAAAAUGA